GACAACUUUUAGAUAUAGGUAAAUACAUCUUUAUAAACUGAAAUAUGCAUAAUUCAAUGAAACAUUUAAGAAAUAUAAUACGAUCUGAAACAACACUCUUAAAAGAAAACUAAUAAAAAUUGUAUUGAAAUAAAAUUUUCCACAAAUAAAAUAUGGCUGAUGGUAAUCAAUAUUUUCCGAAAGGAAUUCACGAAAAUCAAAGUUUUCAAGAAGUAAGAGCAGCCAAUGAAAAUGGAGUUUAUGAAAAUCAAAAUUAUCCACAACCAAAACCCAACCAGCAAGAACCCCCACAGAAUGCAAUACAACAAACCCAAAAACAAGUUAAGGAAUUGGUCGUAAUUUUACAAGAAAAUGUUGAUCUGGCCAUGAAACGUGAAGAUAAUUUAAAUGAUUUAACAAAAAUUUCGAAAGAUUUAGAAAUGAAUGCUGGACAAUUUAAAACUACUACAGAUAUAGUUAAACGUAAAGUAUGGUGGAAGCAGAUGAAAACAAAAUUAGUUUUUGGAGGACUGGUUGUGAUUCUAUUGUUAAUUUUAAUAUUUUCAUGAAUGUAAAUGUUUACCUUUAAAUAACAUGAAUAAUAAAAUGCAACGGAUUUAAAA